UUAGUUUUCACUCUCAAGUGUCUCAACUAGCAACACUGAGAAUAAGAGGAGGAGAGAGAGGGAGGGGAAGGAGUUGGAAAUCGUAGCUUGAAGCUGAAAAAAAUGGCAGCCUCAGGUUUACCAAUUAUUGGAUGUAAUAUCCCCUCCACCCGAUGUCAAUCCUUCUUGACGCAACAUUCUGCUUCUAUUCUGCAAUGGAAUUUUAUUGGAAAGCAGCAUUCAAGACGGUUUACGAAUACAAGGGGUGCGUUUCGUAUGCUAGCCAAUCCCGAUGUUUCUUCAGGAAAAAGCAGUUUUAGGAAAGAAGUCCUUAUGGUAGAUCCAGUGGAGGCCAAGAAAUUAGCUGCAAAACAAAUGGUAGAAAUUAAAACAAAAGAGAAAUUUGAGAGAAGACGUCGAAUUGAAGCAAUCAAUGGAGCAUGGGCCAUGAUUGGUCUCACAGCUGGUCUAAUCAUUGAAUGUCAAACAGGAAAGGGUAUUCUGGGUCAGCUGAAUGAAUAUUGGCAUACUAUACUGAGCUUCUUUGUGAGAUGGUAGAAGUUUUCCUACGCAUCGGAUUGCAGGCAUUUGAGGUUAUACGUACAUUAAUGGAGUUUGUACAUGUUAAAGUGACCCAUAUUCAUCCGAAAUUGGCGAAAUUUUUAUCUUUUUACAUUUCAAUACUUGUAUUUACAUUCAUGUAAUCGGACUGUAAUCGGACUCCUUUGUUACUGAUUCUUCUCAGCAGAGUAUUCAAUGACAGAUUACAGAAGGGGAUAAAAAUCCCGAUUUCCCA